UUAUAAUCCCCAGCCCUCGGUUUCGGUAGAUUCCCAACCCUACGCCAGGCGGAGAGAGAGAGGAGGGGCCUGCAGGCUGCAGCAGCUGGAGGUACCCUCUUCUCCUCCUCCUCCUCUAGUUUAUUCUGCGUGCCACGCCCUCCAAUCCCUCGCCAACAUUUUGAGCCACGCGCGACGCUGCCUCUUGGCUUGGAUCCGCCCGUGAAAUUCAUCCCUGCGUCGGCUCACCCACGCAGCGCCGGCGGCCUCCCUCUUGCGUACGGAGUAGUAAAAUAAGAAUUCCGGUCGCACCUCCGAUCCGGCCGUCUCUCCAUGAGCGGCCGGUUUAAAUAGGCCGGGGACAAAGAUCGGGCGCAGGUGCUGGCUGGCACGCAUCAGGUUUGGCUUUUUUUUGGUGCUAUCUAUCUCCUUGUUCCCUCGGAUUGUCCUUGUCGUUGUCGCCGUCGACGGCACGGCGAUAUCCAAGGGAGGGAGGAAGGGCAGCAUAUCAUGGACUCGCACAAGGGGGCAGUAGUUUGGGGCGGGGGCGAGGUGAGGCGGAUCAACGUGGUCUACUUCCUGAGCCGCGGCGGCCGGUCCGACCACCCGCACCUCUUCCGCGUCAACCACCUCAGCCGCGCCGGCGUCCGCCUCCGCGGUACGUCCGUCUGUCUUCCCCUCCAUCUGCGGAUCCGUCUGCUUCAUUCUGCGAUCGUCGUCGGCUCAUUGUUCUUCCCGUCUGUGCUGGAACCGUUCCGUUCAGAUGUGAAGAGGUGGCUCUCCGACCUGCGCGGCAAGGACAUGCCGGACAAUUACUCCUGGUCCUACAAAAGGAAGUACAAGGCCGGUUACGUGUGGCAGGACCUGAAGGACGACGACCUCGUCACGCCCGUCUCCGACAACGAGUACGUGCUCAAGGGCUGCGACGUCCGAGGAACACCUCCUCCCCGCAGCCAAACGCCGAAAAGAACUUGUUCGUUAGCAGGCGAGAACGAUCAGAACCACCCCGUGGAGGUGGUGCUGACGCCGGACUCCGACGAGAGCUCGCCGAAGCCGCCGCCGCACGCGGACCAGGACUCGCCCGGAGGCUGCGAGUCGGGGCGCCGCAGCACGGUGCCGUUCAAGGUCGAGAAGCCGCAGGGCCUUAAUAACGAGCAAAAGCAGGAGGAGGAGCAAGUGGUGAUCAAGAUCGAGGUGUCGCGGUCACAGAACCACCAGCAGCACAAACACGAGGAGGAGGAGAACAACGACGAAGAAGAAGAGGAAGAAGAAGCGGCGACCAAGAAGGCCGACGACACCAAGGCUGCUGCGGAGGAGCAGCAGCAGCCGCAGGGAGCGGGGGGCGUCAGGAGCAGCCACGCGCACGCGGUGGGGAAGCAGGCGCGGAGGAUGCGCGUGGCGCGGGCGCUCCACAACAUGCUGACGUGCGCGCGCGCUGACGCCGUCGACGACGCCGCGCUCCGCCCCCUGGCGCGGCGGCAGGCCGGUGGCGGCGACGGCUGUCCACCGCCGCCCACGCCGACGUGCCCCGGCAUGGAAGGCUGCGGCCUAGGCGUGAGCCGGAAGAAGACGUCGAGGCCGCGGAGGGGCGGCGGCGGCAAGGACAAGCAGCGCAAGCGAGACGGGGAGAAGAAGCACGACGCGCACAGGCCGGCCACCCUGCCGCGUUGCUCGCAGUGCGGGAAGGAGUUCAAGCCGCAGGAGCUGCACUCGCACAUGCAGUCGUGCCGGGGCUUCAAGGAACGGAUGAGGAGGAGCACCAGCGCGGACAGGAGGCGCAACUGGACCGCCGCCGGCCGCUACCCCGCGGAGUCGGAGCGGCCGUCCUCAGCCUCCGCCGUGUUCCUGCUCACGGAAUCCUGACGGGAUCGUCGACUGCUUGCUCUAGCCUCUAGCCCAUAUAAAAAUAUGAAUUAAUUAAACACACUAAUGUCGCGGGAUCGGAUGUACAUCGUGCGUGAUGAUCAAAAGCAACGUUGGGAUCGUUUUGCCUAUAGUCGGGCAAUCAUGCCGGAAUAUGUACGUACCUGCGCCUGUCUCGAUAUUUUGCUUUGCUUCAUCUGUGAAUAAUAGAUGGGUUGCUGUGUUGGAUCGAUUC